UUUCAACCAGUUAAUAAAAUAAAUAAAAAUUGAGUGAAGGACAUUCAGUUGUGAUUAGGGAACUGUACUGACCGGUCAUUUGAUAAUAAUAUCUCGAAAUUGUGUUUUAAUUUACCGCUUUUCGCAACUACUAAAUAUGGAACGCUAUGACUGCUUCGAGCCAGUAAGAAACGAUAGAGUUUGAUCCUAUGUGCGAUCAGGAUAAUCCUCAAAAAAUAUCCUUUGAGGAUGUAUCAGCGGCUGCGUUCAGAAUUCAAAGUGGGAUUGUUAAGACGCCAUGCGUGAAAUCUCACAUGUCAAACAUAUAUGGUAUGGACAUAUUCCUCAAAAAUGACUUUCUGCAGUACACUGGGAGCUUUAAAGAACGCGGUGCUCGUAACGCAUUGCUCUUACUUCCGCCGGAAGCCAAAACUCGUGGUGUGAUUUCCGCAUCCCUUGGAAAUCACUCCCAAGGAUUAAGCUACCAUGCCCAACAGUUGAACAUACCCACCACGGUGGUGAUGCCAAACGUUGCGCCCAUUAUGAAGAUUGAGAAUUGUCGGUCGUACGGCGCGAAAGUAGUCGUACAUGGCCAUGACAUGAAGGAAGCUAAAUACCACGCAAUGACGCUGGCAAAAGAGAAAGGGCUUACAUACAUUAAUGGAUACGACCAUCCCCACAUAAUGGCUGGCCAGGGGACAGUGGGGUUAGAAAUACUUGAACAAGUCUCAGAUGUCGACGCCAUCUUGGUUCCCGUUGGGGGUGGAGGCUUACUGGCGGGAGUUGCUACUGCUGUAAAACAUCUUAAACCACAUGUUCUUAUAUAUGGUGUGGAAACAGAAAAGUGCCCUAGUAUGGAGGAGGCGAUGCGGCAUGAAUCCCCAAAAUGUGUGGAGAUCCGAUCAACGCUGGCAGAUGGUCUUGCCGUACCGACCGUUGGGUUUAACGCCUUUUUCACUGUCAAAUCACUUAUCGAUAAAAUGAUUACUGUGAACGAAGACUGGCUAGCCAGAGCCAUACUGCGGCUAGUGGAACAAGAGAAGUAUGUUGUUGAAGGUGGUGGUGCAGUGGGAGUAGCAGCCAUCAUGGCUGGUUUUGUACCAGAACUUACCGGCAAGAAGGUGGUUUGCAUACUAUCAGGUGGUAACAUCGAUACAACAAUAUUAGGUCGUUGUUUGGAACGAGGUUUGGCAGCUGAGCAGCGGUUGGUAAAAUUUAAAGUGACAGUCAGUGAUCGACCGGGUGGAAUCGCAGAGCUUUGCAAGCUUUUGGCUUCGUUGGGAGUGUCAAUAAAGGACAUCAUGCAGGAACGCGCUUGGGUGUAUGGGGAUAUAUUUAGUGUUAGGGUAAAAGUAGUAUGUGAAACUAGGGGGCCAGAUCACAUGGCACAACUGCGAACUAUGAUAAUGAACACAUACAAAGAGUGGUAUUUUGCGAGGGAAUUUGGAGACCGAGAUCGACGCCCAAGUACAGAUUCACUAGAUGACGUUUCUCAUUAGGAACUUCUCCUAGUACCCUAGUAGUUUUGAGAAAAUUUGAGAUUAUUGUAGCGGUCAUACACGGUAAUCUUUAUCUAUAAAAUGAAAAACCGUCAUUUUUUUUCUAAGAAAAGCUCGCAAUAUCUUUUUUCGACCAAUUUAUUAGAAUAAAUUAUGCACACGCGUUAGAAAUAUACUUCUUUGGCGUAACAAGAUCUCUUUGAGAAUUUUAUCGUUUGCCAUAUUCUACGUUUGUAGAAAAAAAUAAUAGACCACUAACAAUAGAAAAAAGGUUUUACGUCAUUGAAAGUAUUAUGAUAACGCAUUAAAAAAUAAAGUUUUUUUAAAUAUCACAAGAAAACUAAAAUGUUGACUAUCCUAACUUCAGGGUGUCGGUUUUUUGAGACGGUGUGCAUCGUAAAAAUGUAUCCUCAUAAUUUUCCCUAACGCGCCAAAAGAAGUAUAACUUCAAAAAAUUAUUGGCCUGUCGGCCUAAGCUAUUUCAUAUUUUUACUAUCUAGUGGAAAACUUGUAGGGCCUACGAUUUCUAUUAGUAUCUUUUUUGUUUUUCUGUCUAACGUACGCCGAUGACUGUUUUGCUCUUAGUUUCCUUCACCGUGCGAUUGAGUGUUAAAUUCCCAUAUACCUACACAGUAAGUCCAUGCACAGUCGGGGCUGGAACCUAUAUCUUCAGGGGUGAGAGCCGUUCAAUAAACCGUCUCAUAGUUAUUAAAGUAAACAUUCAUUCUUUCUCACCAGGAUAACAACAAUCAAUUUCAGCUCUAUUAUAAACUACUUAGGGUAAGAAUAUUUCUAUUUCUUAAGUCUCGAU